AUGGUCAAAUUUGAUUCAGCUGUAGUUGUCAAACGAAAAUUGUGGGCCGAGUUUGGCAAAAACACAUCAGGUGAAACUUGUAUUAGGGAUACAUUUCAACGCUUUUGUGAAACUGGUACAGUUGAAGAUCGUGAACGUUCUGGAAGACCGUCAAAAAUUACAGAAGAAAAGAUUGAUGAAGUUAGUGCUGUUUUUGAAAGUCAACCACAAUCGAGUGUUCGGUCUGUUGCAAGAGCCUGUUCUACUUCCCGAACAACGGCACAUCGAAUUAUGACUGAACAUCUUUCAUUGAAACCCUACAAGGCGCAAUUUGUACAACAACUUUUUGAAGAAGAUAUGCAAGACAGAGUUGAGAUGUGUAAAACUCUGACACCGAUGUUAGAAGAUAAUCAUAUUCAACAAAAUUUAUUUUCUUCGGACGAAGCAACCUUUUAUUUGAAUGAAUUAGUCAAUAAACAUAAUGUCAGAUAUUGGUGUGAAACUAAUCCACAUGUUACCAUUGAAACCGUUAUGCAAUCUCCUAAAGUCAACGUUUGGUGUGCUAUGUCAAAAAUCAAUUAG